CUGUCCCCUGUCACUCUGUUCCCGCUUAUCUCUCCCGCCUGUUCGGCGCCACUAUCUUCUUGGAAAUGAGUCAGGGCAAAGGGGAGGGGGUUCAGGCGUCCCCUCCUCCAACUGGUCCCAUAAAAAGGACUAGGACUGGGUCCCAGACACCAGGCAAGUCCUUAGACUGCACAACAGGACAGAAGGCACGAUGGCACAGAGCACUAAGAUCCAGGCUGCCUGUCUCCUGCUUCUCCUCAUCGCCAGCCUGGCCAGCAGCUCCUUUCUCCAGCAGCUGGUCCCUAAGCCCCUGGGGAAGGAACAAGCUGGCAGAGUUGAAUCAGAAAGCUAUGCUGGAGACUGCAAUACUCAGGUACCCUUUCUGCUUUCACAGGCAAGACAGCCUGACGCACUACAGCCUGGGCACAGGGCAGAAGGCAGGGCCGACGAGACGCUCCUGAUUCCAACGCGAACCAAGCGGGACACCUACUUCCCAGUCUGCGUCUUCUGCUGUCGAUGCUGUAACAAUCCUAGCUGUGGCAUCUGUUGCAAAACAUAGAGCCAUGUGUCCAGUUCUCUCAGCACCCCUAGCCUCCCCCUCAGCCCCCAUUUAUUUAUGAACUCAAAAUAAAUGUGAUGAUUUUGUUUUCAAA